AUUUUCUGUGAGUUGCGGGGCUAUUCAAAACGCAAGAGUCGCCGCCGCUGUGAUGUUCAAGUUCCUCAAGAAAAACAAGGGGCUGGAAAACGCUCCAUCGGAAGUCGAGAUGUUAGAGCAUGUGAAUGAAGCAUGCAGCCACCGCCCAGUGGCGACGUUCGACGUCAUGUGUAAAUCGGAAACGGACCUGCGCAUCACGGUCGAGCGACGCGGUCCUGUCACGUCGACCGCGUACGCGUGGAUGGUGACCAAAAGCGACCAGCCGGAAGUGCCCGUGGGGUGUCAAGUAGCCCUUGUGAACGGCGUGACAAUUCCGGACUCUUCGUCAGCGUUCUUCGCACUCGACUGCUUUCUGGGCUGGCCGAAUUGGUUGACGUUCGUGCUGCCGCCUUACAAGAAGGGCGCAGUGCUCAAGAAAUCCAAAGUUGGGUGGGAAAAGUGGAACGAUCGCAUCCUCGAAGUGCGCGGCGGACGUUUGCGUUACUGGGACGCGUCCGAGCCAGGACGGCGGAAAGGGCACUUCGAAAUGCAUAAUGCCAAGAUGAGCUGGGCCAACACCAAGGACCGGCCGUACUGCCUGGCCUUGUCCUUCGCGGACGAGCUGAUCGUGGUGUCGCUGUCGAGUGAGUUGGAGCGAUUCGAAUGGGCCGUGGCGCUCACAGCGGCCAUUCAGAUGGACACGUCAGGACUGGCGCCGUCGCACCAGGACCAAGUGCGAGUGUCGGCGGAUAGUGCGAGUCAGAGGACGACCCACGGCGGGGCGGCGUUAUUAGGAGAUCGAUUCAAGUCUGAAAUUCCGUUUUAGUUGGCAAUGAUGGUGGUGUUUUUGUGUGGGGA